AUGGGUAAUGAUGGAGGAAGCAUCCCGGACAGGCGAGAUCUCGUCAGGAGCAAGCCCAAAGCCGAGCAGGCAGACAGGGCCAACCAGGUCCGUGCAAUGUGGUUCUUCUGCGCGCUCUCAAAGCGUCCGCUCCAACAACCGAUCGUAUCAUGUCCACUGGGCAAGCUCUACAUCAAGGAUGCAAUACUGGAGUUCCUUCUAGAUCGAAAUCACUUCGGGGCGGAAGGCGAGAUCGUAUGUGGGCACAUCCGGUCCAUGAAGGACGUGAAAACGCUGAAACUCACCCCAAACGCCGCAAAGACGUCGAGCGCGGGCACGGCAGAGUCCGCUCACCAGCACGCGGCGUACGUCUGCCCACUGAACUUCAAGGAGAUGAACGGCGUGCAGCCGUUCGUCUACCUCGCUCCCUGCGGCUGCGUCUUCUCGCAGGCGGGCCUCCGCGCCAAGGAGAAGGAGAAGGCGGAGGUGCUGGACCUGUGCCCGAACUGCGGGACCAAGUACGCCAGGAGCGCGGACGUGGUGGUGCUGAACCCGGGGCCGGAGCUGGAGCUGGAGGUGCGCACGCGGAUGGAGGCGAAGCGGCUGCUGGAGCCGGCGAAGGGCAAGGGGAAGGGGAAGAAGCGGAAGGCAGAGGCGGCGGAGGCGGCGGAGGCGGAGCCCCCGGCAAAGAAAGCGACGAACCCGAGCAUCGCGGCGGCGAGCCGGGGGGUGACGCAGGAGCUGGCGAAGGAGGAGGCGAAGCGGAAGGCGGGGAUGAGCGAGGCGGUGAAGAGCCUGUACGCGUCCAAGGACGGGCCGCAGAGGAAGGAGACGUUCAUGACGAUGGGCACGUUCACGAGGUAUGCGUGA